CUUCUCCUCCGGGCCGUUGGUGCUGACCGCGAGGCUCGUGUUACGCCGGUCCACGAGGCGAAGAGAGAGAGAGAGAGAGAGAGAGAGAGAGAGAAGGCGAGGUCCUCCUCGUCUUGCCCCGUCGUUUCUCCCCAAUCCCUUUCGUGCCUCCCCUUCGACCUCACUGGAACUGAAAAGGGUCUGUGAAGAGGUUUCUAGCGGCAGUACAAUGGAGGUAUUUGGCAAAUCUGUGAUUGCUGAGCCCAGCACUGUGAUUUUCUUGUCCACCAUUCUUAACACAGAAGGGUCAAACCCUAGUCACAAGUGUGACAAGAGGUGCCAGAAUGAGCACAUAUUUGGAAACAUGUACCACUGCAAACUGACUGGAACCACCCACAUCUGUGACAAAAACUGUAACCAGAGGAUCCUCUACGACAACCAUAACUCGCUCUGCCUAGUGAGUGGGCAGUUGUUCCCGCUCUCACCACUGGAACAGCAGGCAGUGAGGGGGAUCCGAAGGAAGCAUGAAGUUGACAGCAAUGAAGGGUGCUCCUUUAAGCGCAGGCGUGGUGCACAGCUGCAUCCUUCCCCUUUCGAGAGGUCCUACUCUGCUGUUUCUCCAAUCCCAAGCCAGGUUGGAGAUGGCAUGGACCUGAGCUAGAGCUCAUGAGAUUUCCUUUACUUCCACGAGCCACCAGCCACCUUAUCCCGUUCUUUCUACUCCUUUAGCCCUUUGUUGACAGGAUGGGAUUACAAGAGCUUCCUUCCUUGCAGGCUUAUGAAGGGAUAUAAGACUCCUUAGAUGCACUAAAUAAAUGUUUAUGUAGCAUCAGUUCAGUUUCAUGGGACAUUGUUGUAACUCGUAACUUUGGUUGAACUGCCUAUUCAGAAUUAAGUAGUCCUUUCAGAUAAUCAUUCGCUGCUGUCUCUUAAUUUAUUUAUUCUAGUGUAGUUUUUUUCCUUUAACUUUCUAUUCUUGAAGUAUUUACUUAUUAUGUUUGGCUAAUGUUGAUUGCCUGACAAAUGCACUUCAAUAUAAUUGAGCUGCGUGAAUUUGUUUGAUUAUUCUGACGAUGUAAAUCCAUUGAAGAAUUUUUUGGUCCUAUAUUUCGGGGGUGUGAUCUUGCUAACUUAAAUUCCUGCACAGCUGUCACUUGUGUUUUGCCUAGCUCGCUGCUGAUCAAGUUUGAAUGAUCUAUGGUUUGUUCCCAUUUUUCUUUAUCCUAUCAUUUAUAUAACUUGUUUUGUGCAGGUUAUGUUUCUAACACUUACCUGUUUAUCUCCUGUUCUCUUUUGCUUUGCCUUUUCCCUUAACUUUUUAUGUUUACAGGACAAUCCAGGUGCUAAUUAUUUUGGGAAAUAUUUUGGUCUUUUGUAUAAGUUUCUAUUUUUCAAUUUGAUUAUGUUUGUUCAUUUGAGGCAUGUUUCUUUUCAAUUUUUCAGGUAAGCUGCUGAUCUCUGAUGCUUUUCAAUCGGUGGGAGGACACGAACUAAUCAAGGAGACUUGUGCCAAUCCUUUGCAAUGGAAGACUGUUACGCUUCUUCGGAGCAGCACACUUUCCAGAGCAUAAGUUGUCGGAAGAGAAGCUUUGUACAACUAGUUUUCAAGAAGGCAUUGAAGCCAACUUUUGACGUUCAAAGUGAAGAUUGAAGAAGAUACUACAGCCGCAACUAAUUUUUGGUUUCUCCUCUUGGUGGGCUCGGAGAAAUCAGCAAGAGCAGCCGCAUCUGUGAUUUGAAGAAACAUCAAAAGCCCUCGGAGACUUCAGGAGUUCUCAUCCAACAAGCUUCUUUCAACCCAAACAUACUUGUAUUAUUGUAGCUGAUAAAAGUUAUGUCCUAAGUAGUGGGUGCUUUUCUUUUGCAUGAAGUUUUGUUGGUACCCACCCUCCUUUUUGUGCAAGUGCUGUUGGUCAAUGAAAUCGAACUACCAUUUGCCUUUA